AUGGCAGUGGGUAGAAGGGAGGGAAAAAGGGGUCAAGAAAACCGUCUGAGAGUGGUUGAAAGAGGAUGUGAUUCCUGGGACACACAAACAGGAAAGAGAGGUGAGGUUUUUAGGCUUGUGGUGACCCCACAAUUUACUGAGGAAAUCAAGGCAAACUCCAGAGGCAUCUCCUAG